GUCUCUAUACUGUGCUGUUUUCCAUGCAAAUUAUGGACUCUAAAGAUCAAAGCUAUUCUAUAAUUUACCCCCCUGCAGUGUUAGAAACGCAAUCAUGCCUUUCGGUAACACCCACAACAACUUCAAACUCAACUUCAAAGUUGAGGAGGAGUACCCUGACCUCACCAAGCACAACAACCACAUGGCCAAGGUGCUGACCAAGGACAUGUACGCCAAGCUGAGGGACAAGCAGACCCCCUCUGGCUUCACUUUGGAUGACGUCAUCCAGACCGGUGUCGACAACCCUGGUCACCCCUUCAUCAUGACCGUUGGCUGCGUGGAUGGUGAUGAGGAGUCCUACGAAAUCUUCAAGGACCUGUUGGACCCCAUCAUCUCAGACCAUCAUAGUGGAUACAAGCCCACAAACAAGCACAAGACUGACCUGAACUUUGAGAACCUGAAGGUAGAGUCUAAUUCUUCUGACAUGUUUUAUGGGUUUCAUUUCCUAUAUGAAAUGCCAAAGAGUACUGCUGAGUAAAAGCAGUGUGAAAAU